AUGCCAUCAUUAUGGUGGGAGGAUUAUGUGAGAAGCUCAAAUGGCUUCUUCGGGUCUGAAACGACUCGAGAGCCAGGCACUGAGGGCCUCAAUACAUGGGCAUUCUUCGAAACAAAACUUCUCGAUAGGAACAUGUGCUAUUACUGGUGGAAAUUCAACAUCUUUACUCGACAUACGCAAGCGACGAAUCAGACCGGUAUCCUCAUGUUCGACACAGAGGAAUUCCGACCGUUCGUCAUGGAAUCCGAAAAUGGAAAGACACAUUUCGCACAUUUGAGAGACCCCCUUUGGAUGUACACUCAUGCUUUGGAGCGAGUCGCGCAAUUCAGCGAAAAGGCUGUUUGGAACAUACGCGACCAAGUACGGAUGAAAGAAAAAGAAGUGAAAACAGAUUAUCGCCGACUCCACCACGAUGUUGCGCGGCAUGCGUACCAUGUCUCUGAAUCCCUGGAUGUUACUGUGAACACCUUGGACCAUAUUUUGAGGUACCACGAGAGCCAUAUCGGGCCGAAGCGGGCAGACUCCGAUCUAUAUGGUAAAGAAGUAUCUGUCGAGGUAUGGGAAGAUGUGCACGCCCGGCUCGCAUUUUUCCAGAGCUAUUUCGCCAGCCUCCGCCAUCGGUCAGUGGCAAACGAGAAGCGAGUCCACAAUGAGAUAGCGUUGAGUUUUAAUAUGGGUGCCCAGGACAAUGCGGCUAUCACUGUGGAGAUCAGCCGAGCGACCAAAGAAGAUAGCGGGACUAUGAAAACCCUUUCCUUGGUCACUCUUACCUUUCUACCGCCAACUUUCAUUUGCGCAGUUUUCAGCAUGUCUUUUUUCAACUACGCUGACUCGGGUUGGCGAGUGUCUGAGAAAAUUUGGAUAUAUUGGGCGUUUGCUAUCCCUACGACGCUCGUGUGUGUUCUGAUAUGGUACGGGUGGACCAAGAUAUUUCCAGGGGACAGCAAUGAGCAGGGCAUUGAACGGCGACCAACGAUUAGACUAUCUGAUAUGCCCUAG